UUCUGCAAUCAAUACAACCAAAUGGAAGUGUCAAAUUCGGCUAGUAAGAAACGUUCACUCGAUUCUUCUAUACAUAUGCUGCUUAACGAAAAUAAAAAUAAAAGCCGCAAAGCAUUUCAAUCUAAAAGAUGUGGGGGUUCUUUUGAUAGAAAAUUAACAACAGGAAUUUUUGGGUCUAAAUAUUCAACGUCUUUUCAUUCUGGAGGAAAUAAUAAUGUCAAUAGCAGCUUUCCUAUUCCACCAGUAUUUCCAAAAACAUGCUCUCUUUUUGAUUCCACCUUUAAUGGAGGUGCUUUUACCGACCGCAAUGAAGAUAAAAAAUUAAUGGAGGCGCUUAUGGAUGUACGAUUAAAAUUGCAGAAUAUGAAGAAGAAUGAACCUCGAAAUGCGGAAAACAAUAGCGAAACAACACUAGAAGAAUUAGCUAAUCUUUCUUCUGAUAGCGGAAAUUCUUCGAUUUUUGUUGAUUCUACACAAAGUACCUUAAAUUCUAAAAAUGAACUUUAUUCUAAAACUUCAUCUUUAUUUAAUUCCUCUUUGAUUAAAGAAGAUCCUUCCAACGUUAAAACUAAAGAGGACGGUUUUAAUCCGAUUUUAAAACGAAAAAGCGAUUUGACGGUUAAUAUUCCAAAGAGCGAAAGAAUUCUUUUAUUCAGACGCCGAACAAAAUCUAAAAAAAGCUAUCAGGAAGAAGAAAAUGAAGGAACAAAACACUGGACAAUCCAUGGGGCUAACAAUAAGUGGAGCACUCCUUGGAAGUACAAGCUGUUGAAAGCUUUUUCCACAAAUGGGGUUAAUAUGGUUGCUGCUGAUAGUGAAAAGCCUUCCCAUCACUUUGGAAAGUUGGACAGAGAAUGGGAAGUCUGCGCUGUGCGUGAGAUUUGUCGUCGUCUUUCAUUAGAGGACUCUUUAGAGCCAUCAGAGUUGCCGCUACCAGAUGGUGCACUUCAAUCACAAGUGCUUGACGAAUUUAUGAUUCGACAGAUUGUAGAUAUUCUACCUCCUCGUGCUGAGGGUUAUCCUUGGGUGAAUAUAUACAGUUCUGAAAAGCAUGGAUUCUCCUUAGCUACCCUUUACAGAAAAAUGUCUGAAUGGAAAGAAGAAAUGUCUCCUGUUCUCUUGAUCAUUCGCGACGUUGUUGGCCACGUUUUUGGUGCAGUGUGCUCUACCGCUUUACAACCAUUAACUCCACCACAUUAUGUUGGAACCGGCGAUUCAUGUUUACUUUUUCGCUUUACAGGAGAGCACCCACACACUAGGGAGUUACGCACAUUCCAUUGGACUGGAGAUAAUCAAUUUUUUGUUAAUGCAACCAAAGAUUUUUUGUCAAUUGGAGCGGGCGGAUUAAGCUCAAUUACUAAUUCUCGGUCGACAUGCCCUACAGCUGCUGGUCUUUGGUUGGAUGCUGAUUUGAAUAAUGGAAGGUCACAAAAUUGUGCAACAUUUAACAAUGAGCCUUUAGCUGGUGGUCUAGAAGGAGAUUUUGUAAUUCAAUUUGUUGAGGCAUUUGGUUUUAGCAUGUCUUAA